AUGCCACCCAAGAAAGAGCAGAUUGGUACUUACUACCCAGAGUCAGGCCCGCAAGCAGCCGUACCGUCCGCAACACGCUCUCGGUUGGCCUACAGAUUGCUGUCUCAUCGUCGACGCUCAGGGAAGGGACCUGCUUUGACGGUGCCCUUGUGUGCCCCUCAGUCAGUGACGACAGGGUCAGAUGCCGAUUCGAGUAGCUUGCAAAGUCCCACGCGGCGCUUUCGUCGGCGCCCGUCGAGCGAAGACGUUGUAGUGCCACGACAACAUCCCACUACUGGCUUCGGUGAUGAGAAGUACGAUUACGCGGGCUUGAGACAGCUCGUACUCGACCAUAUCAUCCUCGCCGAAGACGAAAGACGCCGCGAAAACCUGCAGAGUGCACGCGUCGAGGCGGCAAACGUGACCAUUAUCUUUUCGCCUCAUUGUAUCGAGGAGGGAAACUCAUGGGCCAAGACGUACACAGGCUACGUGAUUAAGCGGAAAGAUGGCGAUGCUGUGGAACCUUUUGCUGUCCUUUUGAUAGGAGAGGCGCGCGAGACAUUUGGCCGGGCGAUGGAGAAUUUGCUUACUCUGGCUGCUGCACGACUCGAGGCUUAUUCGAGUGACAUCAAGGAGGCGAUUUGGCGGGCGACGCGGUAG